UUUCAUCUCUUCGCAGUUUUUAUAAUUAUCUAAAAUUUAAUUUAGAAAAAAUAAAACUAUUUAAAGUGAUAGAAUAAAAUUUAUAUUGAUAAUAUGCUGCAGUUAUCAAAUAAGAUGCGAACCAGUUAAAAUAAAAAUGAUUUUCCGGAAAAUUCUGACUCCCAAACCAAAAGUAUCUGAAGUGCUAACAGCCUAUUUGAAACAGUGCAAUGAACCACCUUGGACGUCGUACUUCAUAAAGUAUCGCGACGUGGAGAACGACCACUUUGGCCGCUCGCACUUCAACUGGACGCUGGACACGGGCACAAACUAUCACAUCUUGCGGACCGGAUGCUAUCCCUACAUGAAGUACCACUGCACCAAGCGGCCCCACCAAGAUCUCAGCGUGGAGGACAACUUUUUCAAGUUUAUUAAGGUGAUUAAUCUGGGGCUGCCUCAGCUGGGGUACGGAUUCGCGGCUAGGUUUCUCAUCCGUCACGUUGAGUGGGUCGACAUGGGAAAAAAGUACGGGAAGGUACCGAUUUACUUCCUCUACGAAGAAGACAAAGGAUCGGAAUAUUAGUUAGUGUGAGGUAAAACGAGUUUUAGGUCAAA